AUGAAGAGAAAAAAGCCACCAGCGGGGCCCCAUCCUUGUCAGCCUACACUGUGCCUGGACCAAAGAAAAAAAAGAGAGAGCUGUCGGCCGUCGCGUGUCUCGUGCCCGCAAACGUUGGCAAGUCGCUCCCUUCCUUGUCCUCCUCUCCUCCGUUCUUUGUUAUAAGGACUCCAUCUUCCCCCCCUCCCCCUCACUUCCCUUCCCUUGGCCUUCUUUUUUCUCUCCACGCGAUCUUGACAGUUUUGUCUCAACUCCUUCUUUUCAAUCCCUUCUCUUGCUGUUGCAGGCUCCCGUCGCCAAUUGGGUGGAUUGUCUCACUCAAAGCUCUCUCCAGCAGCCAAUCGCGCUCAUUCCUCCCCUUCAGACGCAACUAGCCAACAACUCUAGUUAAACUUGCGCCAUCAUGUCUGACGACAACACCAAGGUCGCCGUCGACGGCGACGGCCACAACGACAUGGCCAACAUUGGUCUUCGCGCCACCCAGGACGUCGAGCACAUUGAGGCUCCCGUCACCUGGAAGGCCUACCUUCUCUGCGCCUUUGCCUCCUUUGGUGGUAUCUUCUUCGGUUAUGACUCCGGUUACAUCAACGGUGUCUUGGGCAACGACAUCUUCAUUACCGCUGUCAAUGGCUACCCCCGCCCUGACGAUGUCAAGCCCGACAAGUGGGCUAUUUCCUCCUCCAACUCUUCGCUCAUUGUCUCCAUUCUGUCCUGCGGUACCUUCUUUGGUGCCAUCAUUGCUGGUGAUCUUGCCGACUUCAUGGGCCGCAAGUGGACUGUCAUUCUUGGCUGUCUCAUCUACAUGAUUGGUUGUGUUAUCCAGAUGGUUACUUCUGCUGAGCACGCCAUGGGCCCCAUUGUCGCUGGUCGUCUGAUUGCCGGCUUUGGUGUCGGUUUCGUCUCGGCCAUUGUCAUUCUCUACAUGUCUGAGAUUUGCCCCCGCAAGGUUCGCGGUGCUCUUGUCUCUGGCUACCAGUUCUGCAUCACCAUUGGUAUCAUGUUGGCGUCCAUUGUCGUCUACGCUACCAAGGAACGCCCCGACACCGGUGCCUACCGCAUCCCCAUUGCCAUCCAGUUCCCCUGGGCCCUUAUCCUCGGUGGUGGUCUCCUCUUCCUCCCCGACUCUCCCCGCUACUUCGUCAAGAAGGGCCGCAUUCAGGAGGCCGUCAAGUCCAUUGCCAGGCUCCGUGGUCAGCCUGAGAGCUCCGAGUAUGUCCAGGCCGAAGUCGCUGAGAUUGUCGCCAACGAAGAGUACGAGCGUGCUCUUAUUCCCUCCACCACCUGGUUCGGCUCUUGGGCCAACUGCUUCAAGGGCAGCCUCUGGGUCUCCAAGUCUAACCUCCGCCGCACCAUCCUCGGUACCUCGCUCCAGAUGAUGCAGCAGUGGACCGGUGUAAACUUCAUCUUCUACUUCUCUUCUACCUUCCUCAAGUCUACUGGUGCCGUCAAGAACGAAUUCCUCACCUCCAUGAUCUUCACCAUCAUCAACGUCUGCUCCACCCCUCUCUCCUUCUGGACCGUCGAGCGCUUCGGUCGCCGCAGCAUCCUCCUUGUCGGUGCCUUUGGUAUGCUUAUCUGCCAGUUCAUCGUCGCCAUUGUUGGUGUCACGGCCGGUUUCGACAAGACACAUAAGGAGCCCACUGCCGAGAACCCCGACGCUACCGCUCCUGAUAACUUGGGUGCCGUCAACGCCCAGAUCGCCUUCAUUUCCAUCUUCAUCUUCUGGUUCGCCUCUACCUGGGGUCCCGGCGCCUGGGUCGUCAUUGGCGAGAUCUUCCCUCUCCCCAUCCGCUCCCGUGGUGUUGGUCUAUCCACUGCCUCCAACUGGCUCUGGAACACCAUCAUUGCCGUCAUCACCCCCUACAUGGUUGGUGAGGACAAGGGUAACCUCAAGUCCAAGGUCUUCUUCAUCUGGGGCACGCUCUGCACCUGCGCUUUCGUCUACACCUACUUCCUCGUUCCCGAGACCAAGGGUCUGUCUCUGGAGCAGGUCGACAAGAUGAUGGAGGAGACUACUCCCCGUACCUCGGCCAAGUGGAAGCCCACCACCACCUUUGCCAACGCCAACUACCUCGACGAGAAGGCCAUCCAGGAUGCCGAGCGUCGCGGCUCUGCCGUUUAAAUUUCUCUUUUCUUCUGUUGUUUUUAGGGGUGUCGUCUUUUCAGAAGCGAUGCUUGUCAAUCGAUGGGUUGUUGUAUAAAGAACGGAGGCGACUUAGUACUACAUGCACAAAGCCACUAUUUUGUAAUCAUGCUUGGAUGUAUACAUGCCCGUACUGCUUUUAUUUAAUGAGAUACCAUUCCAAUUCGUCUUGACUUUGCUCUUGUUAAUGUGCCUGUGAUGUCAUGCGAUGAUGGGAAACGCCGCUAGCCCCACGUCUUUAACAAUUGGAGAAACCACAUGGGGAAACUGGCGUCCU